UAUAACGGUUCAAUGAUUAGGGAGAAAACAGCAGACUCUAGGCUGGGUGUAGUAGAGAGAGGAGAGAGGUGGAUGGAGGGUUAGAUGGUAGUGUAGAGGGGUAGCAAGUUUAACAAAAGAGCUAGUACUUGGUUAUUUACGGAUGAGAGCUUGAGACAGUGUAGUCUUUCAUCGAAAAGCUAUUUCUAAAACAAAUUCGGUUGAUUGUACAGUCCUGUACUUCUCCGCUUGCAGCCGACAAACUGAAUCUGUUCCUCUCUGCUACUUUUGUCUCUGCGACGGCAUCGGGUUCUCUUUGAUCCAUCUUUUCAACAGGAGUUUACAUUACGUUAACACUGGAGUUUCUUCACCAUGAGGAGCCUGUGUUUUACUGUACUUCUGCUGCAGCUCCUUGGGACUUCUUUAUGUCAAUUCCCUCGCCCGUGUGCCAACUCAGAGGGACUGCGGACCAAGGAGUGCUGCCCGGUGUGGGAGGGUGAUGGCUCAGCCUGCGGUGCCACGUCCGGCCGUGGCUUCUGCACUGAGGUGCUGGUCUCAGAUGAGCCCCAUGGACCCCAGUAUCCACACAGCGGGAUUGACGACAGAGAGCGCUGGCCUUUGGCUUUCUUUAACCGGACCUGCCGCUGUGCUGGAAACUAUGGAGGUUUUAACUGUGGAGAAUGCAGGUUUGGUUACUGGGGCUCAAACUGUGCUGAGUACAGGGAAUCAAUACGCAGGAGCAUCCUGACCCUGUCAGUUGCUGAGCAACAGAAGUUUGUCUCUUACCUGAACCUGGCUAAAAACACCAUCAGCCGUGACUAUGUUAUCUCCACAGCAACAAGAGAAGAGAUGGGCGAAAACGGUGAGAACCCCAUGUUCUCUGACAUCAACACCUAUGACCUGUUUGUGUGGAUGCACUACUAUGUGUCCCGGGACGCCUUCUUGGGGGGACCAGGGAAUGUAUGGAGGGACAUCGACUUUGCCCACGAAUCUGCAGCCUUCCUGCCAUGGCACAGAGUCUACCUGCUUCAUUGGGAGAAUGAGUUACGGAAGCUGACGGGAGAUUUUAACUUCACCAUCCCAUACUGGGACUGGAGGGAUGCCCAGUCCUGUGAGGUGUGCACUGAUGCUCUGAUGGGUGGACGCAACCCCCUCAGUCCCAACCUCAUCAGCCCUGCCUCUGUCUUCUCCUCGUGGAAGGUGAUCUGCACCCAGCCAGAGGAGUACAACAGUCGAGAAGCUUUGUGUAACACCACCGGGGAGGGUCCACUGUUGCGUAACCCCGGCAAUCAUGAUCCAAACCGCGUGCGUCGACUCCCCACAACAGCUGAUGUGGAUUUCACCGUGGGCCUCUCUGAGUACGAGACGGAACCCAUGGACCGAUUCUCCAACAUGAGCUUUAGAAACGCCAUCGAGGGUUUUGCCAAUCCAAUGACAGGUAUGGCAGUGCCAGGCCAGAGCACCAUGCACAACUCACUGCACGUCUUCAUGAACGGCACCAUGUCCUCGGUGCAGGGUUCAGCCAACGACCCCAUAUUCCUGCUGCACCACGCUUUCAUUGAUAGUAUCUUUGAACGCUGGCUCAGGACCCACCAGCCCGUCCGGACCAACUACCCACGUGCCAACGCCCCUAUCGGCCACAAUGAUGGUUACUACAUGGUGCCCUUCCUGCCUCUCUUCAGAAACGGGGAUUAUUUCCUGUCCAACAAGGCUCUGGGAUUUGAGUAUGCCUACUUGCUGGACCCAGGCCAGAGGUUUGUGCAGGAGUUUCUGACACCUUACCUCCAGCAGGCCGAGCAGAUCUGGCAGUGGCUCCUGGGAGCCGGGAUCCUCGGGGCUCUCGUCACUGCAGUCAUUGCCGCGCUGAUAGCUGUCACGAGGAGGAAGUGGAAGCGUAACCAGAGGAAGAAGAGGGCACGGAGCUUCGGAGAGAGACAGCCACUACUGCAGAGCAGCUCAGAGGAAGGAAGCUCAUAUCAGACUACUCUGUAACACACACACACACACACACACACACACACACACACACUGCACACACACUGUACAUACAGCUGCAUACGAAUGUACAAACUAUCUGGGACACUUUUCAAGAAGCAAGUGAAUGAGAUGACUCUUAGCACAAAAAUUCAAUUGUUAUUGUUUACUGGUCAUGAAUCUUUUCAGAUUCUUUGACAUAAUAUGAUAAGACAAAGAUGCAAUAGUUGAAGCAUUUUUAAAUGUCAGUUCACUCAAAUCUUUAAGAAAAAAAUCAUGUUCUUCCGUCAUGCUGUCUAGCGGAAAGUUGUGUGUGAUGUCUUCUUCUGCUUUUGCCAAAUCCAUUGAAAAAUGUCUUUUAAUAAGAAAAAAAAUGAAUGAUUUUUUUUUUUUUGAGGAAAACAUUCUCUUAGGUGGGCUGCACGGUGGUGUAGUGGUUAGC